UUCGACCAGUUGUAUAUUGACAGCCGUGAGGGGAGGGUGAGCGCCGCCGACCUCCCGAGUGCCUGAAGUGCCCGUUAUUAUAUGGCCAGUGGAAGCUACUCUUGUGAAUACCCUUAGCACGCCCCCACAGCACCAUGGCAGGCCAGUCUAUUAACGACAGACUGACGGCGGCGCGCUACAGUCUGGCCGGACAGGGACUAGCGAAAUCCGUUUGCAAGGCUACUACUGAAGAAGUAAUUGGACCUAAAAAGAAACACCUGGAUUAUCUCCUGCACUGUACCAAUGAACCCAACGUGUCCAUCCCCCAGCUGGCCAACCUGCUCAUCGAAAGGGCACAGAUGCAGUCCUGGGUCAUCGUCUUCAAAGCCCUCAUCACCGUGCACCACCUCAUGUGUUAUGGCAAUGAGAGGUUUACACAAUAUUUAGCAUCAAGCAACUGUAACUUCAAUUUAGGAGGUUUUCUGGAUAAAACAGGAGUUGCAAGUCAUCCGCAGAUAAAUUACGACAUGUCAACAUUUAUUCGACGCUAUGCUAAAUACAUCAACGAAAAGGCGAUCUCAUACCGUGGUGUUGCCUUCGACUUCUGCAAGGUGAAGAGAGGGAAGGAGGAUGGCACCUUGCGUACAAUGCCAACAGACCAACUGCUCAAGACCCUACCAGUCCUUCAAGCCCAGGUGGAUGCCCUGCUGGACUUUGACUGCACAGAUAAUGCCCUCACCAAUGGCGUCAUCAACUCCGCUUUCAUGCUGCUCUUCCGGGACCUGAUACGCCUCUUUGCUUGCUACAAUGACGGCAUCAUCAACCUGCUGGAGAAGUACUUUGAGAUGAAUAAAAAGCAGGCAAGAGAUGCCCUUGACUGCUACAAGAAGUUCUUAAUACGGAUGGAUCGAGUAGCAGAGUUCCUCAAGGUGGCUGAGAGUGUAGGAAUAGAGAAGAGCGACAUCCCAGAUUUGACUAAGGCCCCUAGCAGCCUCCUGGACGCCCUGGAAGCACACCUCGCAUCCCUGGAAGGCAAGAAACCACCCACCACCACCUCCACAACGGUCAAGGUACACCGCCAUCACCAUCACCAUCACCAUCAUCAUCACCAUCAUCAUCACUUAUUUUUUACUCCCAUCCCAAACCUGUCCAACCCCAUCCCUACCCAUCCCUACCCACGGCACCCCUGGCAACACAGUAAAGUGAACAUCAAGAGUGCCGUGUCAGCUCUUACCUCGACCAGUGUAUCCUUUGGCGUUGCAAGCAGCAAUGGGAGACUUGGAGAGCCGGCCGCCACUACCAAUAAUGGCACAGCGGUGGAUGAACUGACCAAGCGGGCCGCACUGGCAGAGGAGGAGGCCAUGUACGAGAAGCUCAAGGUGAAAGCUGAACAUGAUCACGCGAAGAACAACCCCUUUCUUAGCUCCCCAACCAGCGAGGCCGCCCCCGCAGCACCCACCAACAACGGGGACGCCUCUCAGAUCAUCGACCUCUUUGGCGCCUCACAGACAGAUGCUGCGCCAGGACAGGCAGGCAAAGCUUCAGACGAUCUCCUGCAGCUGGGCAACCCCUUUGCUGACAUGCUGAGUGGGACCACUGCUGCCACUACUGCUGCUGCCCCUGCCCAGCCUUACACCAAUGGUGUCUCUCAGAGUGUGUGUCAAACCUCCUCCACAGCCCCUGGUUUUGUUUCUGAUAAUGCCUUUGAUGCUGUAUUUGGCAACAGUAGCACAUCCCAGAGCACGGUUGCGACCAGUUCCUUCACCUGGCCAGCUGCCAUGCUAGGAGGUGGGCCGGGCACAGGCACCAUCACCGCCACUGAUGCCAAUCCUUUUGCCGACUUUGGCAUGUCAGGCCCCCCUGGUCCUUCCCUUCCCUCUCAGAGUGGUCUGGGCUCUCUCGGCACCUCCACCAUCACCACCACCACUACUACCACCACCACCACCACAACCUCUAGCACGGCUGACCUCUUGGCUGGCCUGGACUCCCUAGCAGGGGUCGGCAGCAGUGGCGUGCCCCUCCAGGCCCCUGUAGUGCCCCCUGCUCAGCCUGAAGCUUUUGACGGAUUUGGCGACAUUCUGAAGCCUGAGGGCAGCGUGGGUGGUGGGGGUGGUGGUGGAGGGGGCAGUGGAGUGGCAGGGGCACCAGUGACUCCCUCUGCAAUGGGCGCACCAACCACCACUGCAGCCUCCAAUCAGCCGGCCAAGCUGAUCAGCGGAGACCUGGACAUGUCCCUCUCCUCCCUGGUGGACAACCUCAACAUUAAAGGACCAGCGACACAAAAAGGGCAGUGGAACUCACCCAAGACCCAGAACAAGACAGGGGGUGCCGGCUGGACCCCCGCCGCCCCCACUGCCACCAUGGGGGGCUUCCGUCCAGCCAUGCCAGGACAAGCCAUGGCUGCCCCAGCCCAGCCUGUGGCCGGCCAGCCUGGGCAGUGGGCUCCAGGCAUGCAGAUGGGUGGCUCCUUUCCUCAGCAGCCCAUGCAGCAGCAGGGCAUGCCAAUCGCAGGUGGUGUGAUGCCAGCCGCCUUCCCCGCAGCAGUGAGCCAGCCUGGGGCUGCCCCAGCGCAGCCCACACAACCUGCUGCCUUUGACCCCUUUGGUGCCCUGUAAUGCUGUAGAUGGGCAGCACUAGAGGCAUAAUACUGGUAGUGGCACAGCAGAGCGAGACUUCACUGUCACCACGUUCAUAUUUACUGUCGUGGCUUAAUUUUCCAUUAGCCUCGCCCUGCCUGGCACCAGCCGAGCCUUGGGGCCAGAAGAAGAUAAAACGUGUGCUAGUAGAUCAGAUUGUUGUCGUCAUGCCAAAAAAUGCAUGUUUUAUUUUUAUUUCCGAGUGUAGCGAUAGUGAUGUUUUAGGGCGAGUUAUCUACUUUGUUGUCAGUUUCUUUCCGGUAGGUUAGGUCGUGUUGCAGGUGAAACCGUGUCUGCUGAAGUCCUCACUCAGAUAUCAUUUGGAGCAGAGUGUCGUGCCUGGUGUGUCCAUUUCAUCUUGUAUAACUGUGUAAAAUGUUCCAGAUGAUGUUAGUGCCGUUUAUAUUUGACACUUGUCCAGUCAGCAGACAGACACAGACACAAGGAACUCAUCUAGGCUUCAACUGUAUAGUAUGAAGUUCAUUUUAGUUUUAAGUGGAAGAAAAUUGUAUUAUACUAUAUAAAUUGUACAUUCCAUUGACUACAAGCCAGAAGUUCGACGUUUGGGAUCCAGCAAAGUGGUGUUGCAGCACAGCAAGCCUUGUAUCAUAUUUAUUCCCGCCCCCCCGGGAGGCAACGCCGCAGCCUGGAGGCAGUGCAGGCAGAACACACCCCAGCAGGCACCGCCGCCCCAGGAGACGGGGAGGCCCUGCCCCUGACUGGCCCUCCUCCCCGGCCUGAGGAGCGGCACCGGGAGGCUGAGUGGGAGUGGCACUACCACUCGCACUGCAGCGCGUAGGACUGUUGGGUGUACAUAGGAGAGGCAGAGGGAGGUGUUGCACUGAGUGUUGUUACAAAGCUGUGUUGUGUGCAUUCCAAGCCUGUGAGGGGCACCAGUGUGCACCGGCGGCGUGGCGGGGAGGGGCCCCAGAUGUGCCAGGCCAAGGGAGGGGGCGGGGCGCCAGGCCGGGUGAGGGGCGGCCUCUGCCCGCUGGUCCAGAACUUGAAGUAGUCGUGCAUGUUGAACAUAUCUAACUUAAUAUUUGCCAGAUAAUACUCAACCCAAUAGUAACAGGUUGGUUGUAUGUGCACAGAGUCUAAGGCAAAGAAGUUUGCUGACAUAGGUCCCGAGACCUUAGGAACCCUGAAAUAUUCCCUGUAAGUAGGUCAUACACAGAUGUGGCAUUAUCUCCGGCUUGCGGUGCCGGGCGCCAGUGGCCGGCAACGGCUGGCAAUAGUGGUAAGUAUUAUUCCAUAUGUAACAAAGCCUUUAAACUGGAUAUGUUAAAUAUAUAUAAUAUUUAUUCAGUUAUGAUGUGUGAGGAAUUCUCAGGCAAAAUCCAGAUGAAAAUGAUGAUUUGGGAAUUUAAUUACUGAAUUGUAAAAUGAAAAAAAAAAAAAAAACAUAGGCAGGAUCAUUGUAUCCAGUGCAGUGUUUCCUUCGCUGCGGCGGCAGUUCUGAGAGUGUCUCACAGUGUGUGGCUCCUGCAGGAACAAAACAGCCCGGCUCCACAGCAAAGCACCACAGGGCCCACCACUGUGUGGCCUCCACACCAACACUCAGACACCCACUUGUAUAUUCUGUACAUUUCUGCUCUGAAACCUUCCACCAGCUUGUCAGGGCAGCAGACCAGCCCUGUCUGGGGGCUUGGGUAUGGAGCAAGUGUGGGCAGCAGUGUCUGGCAUACUUAAGCUGCCAAGGCGUGAAGGCCAGGAGGGCCAUGGCACCCGUGGCCACCCGUGCCUCUCCUCAUGGCUUGGACGGCUCUCGGCAGGCUGGGUUGGUUUUGUUCCUGCUUUUCCCGACACUGCAUCAUUCUGUAGCAUCAAUGGCAGCCUCAAUGUUGUGGUAGAUGGUUGGAAAAAAAAAAACAUAAUUUGGUUCAGAGGAGGGAAGUUAUUUAUUACUGUUGACAUCAUGUAUUAGUGCAAGAUCUGACUUAGAUGAUGCCACAGAUCUUGUCCACAACUCCAGGUUCUUACAUGAUGGGAAUGUGAGUUUUGGAACAAUUAUGAAUAAAUGUUGAAGAUGGU